UGCGAGGUUUCUGGCGGGUUAAGACCCGCAGCGGCUGCGCUUGUCAGCCCUCGCCAACUCCAGCUUCUCCAGGCUCGAAUUCAGCGUCCAAGUUGCAGCCGCCCGAAAGCCCACACCCAGCAGAAGAACGUCUGCUCCUGGACAUAGUUCUCCUGAGGGUGGUGGGGUUGGCUCAGGGCCGCAAAGCCGUCAGGGGUUGAGCCAGCCUGCAGCGAGAGGGCUGAGAGGGCCAGAGAACCCCGCAGGGCGCGGACAGCCGUCGGGGCUUGCGAAUUGGACUCCUAGAUUGAGAGGCCCCUGAUAGGUGAUGACCUAAGCCUUAUCCCCGGCAUCCCUCGGGGCGAUUUCUUCCGUGCACACUUCUGGUUCUGUUUCUCAAGAUCACCCUCUUCCUCCCAGAAAGGCUGACUCAAGCUGCAGGUGCCAGCCCUCAGCUCUGAGUAGCCGUGGUCUCUGCGGAAAGCUGCAUUUGAAAAGGGCUGGGAUCACAAGCUGCUCUCUGUUCCGGUUGCCCCCAUGCUCCUGCCAUGGUUAACAGGACUAGCGGCUGGAAUAGGCUUCCUGCAUUUCGUGCAGAAACUGGUGUUCCCUUAUUUCUGGGAUGACUUCUGGUACCUGCUGAAGGUGGUACGCUAUGGAAUUCGGCUGGAGAUGUACGUGCUGAAAGGGGAGCUGUUCACUGUCCUGGAUAAAUUCCUGAGUCUUGCCAAGAAGCAGCCCCAGAAACCUUUCAUCAUCUAUGAGGGAGACAUCUACACUUACCAGGAUGUGGACAAAAGGAGUAGCAGAGUGGCUCACGUGUUCCUGAACCAUUCCACGCUGAAAAGGGGGGACACCGUGGCUCUGCUGAUGAGCAACGAGCCUGACUUCGUCCAUGUGUGGUUCGGCCUGGCCAAGCUGGGCUGCGUGGUGGCCUUCCUCAAUUCCAACAUUGUCUCCAACUCCCUUCUGCAUUGCAUCCGCAGCUGUGAGCCCAGGGCCCUCGUGGUGGGUGCAGAUUUGCUUGGAACUAUAGAAGAAAUCCUGCCGAGAAUCCCAGAAGGUAUCAGUGUUUGGGCAAUGAAUGAUUCUGUUCCACGAGGCGUGAUUUCACUCAAAGAAAAACUGAGGACGGCAUCUGACAAACCUGUGGCACGCAGCCACCAUGUUGCCUCAAGCCUUAGGUCUACUCACGUUUAUAUCUUUACCUCUGGAACAACAGGGCUACCAAAAGCAGCUGUGAUCACUCAGAUGCAGACUUUAAAGGGCUCUGCUGGCUUGUGGGCUUUUGGUUGUACUGCUAAUGACAUCAUUUAUAUAACCCUUCCCCUGUAUCAUAGUUCAGGAGCUCUUCUGGGAAUUGGUGGAUGUAUUGAGUUAGGAGCUACUUGUGUAUUAAAGAAGAAAUUCUCAGCAAGUCAGUUUUGGAAUGACUGUAGAAAGUACAAUGUGACUGUGUUUCAGUAUAUUGGAGAACUCUGUCACUAUCUUUGCAAACAACCUAAGAGAGAAGGAGAAAAGGAUCAUCAAGUGCGUUUGGCAGUUGGAAACGGCCUACGGAGUGAUGUAUGGAGGGAAUUUUUAGACAGAUUUGGAAAUAUUAAGAUGUGUGAGCUUUAUGGAGCUACUGAAGGAAACAUUUGUUUAAUGAAUCAUAAUGGGAAAAUUGGAUCCGUUGGGAGAACAAAUUUCCUUCACAAACUUUUAUUCACUUUUGACUUGAUAAAGUAUGAUGUUCAGAAAGAUGAACCCAUUAGAAAUGAACAGGGCUGGUGUAUUCCUGUGAAAAAAGGAGAACCUGGACUUCUCAUUUCUCGAGUGACUGAGAAUAAUCCCUUUUUUGGUUAUGCUGGGAAUAAGAAGCACACAGAAAAGAAACUGCUUUGUGAUGUUUUUAAGAAGGGAGAUGUUUACUUUAACACAGGAGAUUUAAUGGUCCAAGAUCAGGAGAAUUUCCUUUAUUUUUGGGACCGUAUUGGAGACACUUUCAGGUGGAAAGGAGAAAAUGUUGCAACCACAGAGGUUGCUGAUGUUAUUGGGAUGUUGGAUUUCAUACAGGAAACAAACGUGUAUGGGGUGGUGGUGCCAGAUUAUGAAGGAAAAGCAGGAAUGGCUUCUAUUACUUUAAAACCAAAUAAGUCGUUAGACUUGGAGAAAGUUUAUGAACAAGUUGUAUCUUUUCUACCAGCUUAUGCCUGCCCAAGAUUUUUAAGAAUUCAGGAGAAGAUGGAAACAACAGGGACAUUCAAACUACAGAAGUUUCACUUGGUGGAAGAAGGGUUUAGUCCACUGAAAAUUUCUGACCCACUUUAUUUCAUGGAUAACUUGAAAAAGUCUUAUGUUCCCUUGACCAAAGAACUUUGUGAUCAGAUCAUGUUAGGGGAGGUCAAACUUUAAGAUUUUUUACGUAUUGGAUUUUCAUAUGUUUUCUUAGGACAGGUGAGAGGAGAGGAGAGUGUGAUUCUUUAACAUUAAAGGAGGAAGGGAAUGGACAUUAAUCAACAUAUGCUGUAUUUUCUUUAAUAUGCAACAGCUUUUCUUUUAGUAGGAACUUUAAUUUGUUUUAAUUCAAAACAAACUCUAGUUGAUUAUUUGUUUUACCUAUUUUGGGGUUUAGUGCAUAACUAAUAUUUGCUUUAGUUGUAAAGAUUCUAAAUGAUACAUAAGUGGGUAACAAUUUAGACACUUAGUAAAAAUGUACUUUUAAAUAUUUAGUUUCUAGUUUUGAAAAAUGGGUUUAUUUUUACUCCAAUAUUUGAUUUUUAUCUGCCCUGUCCUAAAACUCAAUAAAAUCAUCUUCAUUAA